AUGCUGUUAUCUCGCAGCAGAGUUGUACCCACCCUCGCAACCAGGUUCACCUCAAGAACCCUUACAACCGCCACAAAACCAGCAGCAGCCACAGGAGCAACAGAGCCAGAGGAGCCACCAAGGAUAUUGCCCCAUGUCGACCCCCGAUUUCAAUACGGCGAUGUCAUUAUCAUCCAUGACAGCAAAGGAGAACGACGACUCGUCGGACCUCUGAGGAAAGGCGGUUUCAGGGAUAACAACGUCGGUAGAUUGAAUCACGACUCCAUGAUCGGAAAGACCCCUCUCUCAAUCGUCGAAACUCAAUUAGGAGCAAAGUUCUCCCUACACUGGCCCAGCCUCGACGAGUACUCGACAAGGGUAAAGAGACAAGCCAGUAUCAUGUAUCCCAAGGACGCCACAACCGCCGUCCACCUACUUGACCUCUUCCCAGGCGCACACGUCCUCGAAGCAGGAACAGGAAACGGAUCCAUGACAAUGUACAUCCAACGCGCCAUCCUCGGUCCCGGAUCUCACCUAGACACUGUGGAUAUCCGGAAUAACCACUCCCUCCAGGCUGAACAAAACAUUGAGCGCUUUUGGAGAGGCAUGUAUCGUCCCGGGAUCACAUUCUGGAGAUCUGUCGGCGGGUUGCAGAGGGUCAUCAAGCGCCUCACAGGCGAAGACCAGGGCAAAACCCACUAUCCGGGAUCAGGACCGUCUUCGGCUCAAGAACAAGAUUCUACUGUCCUCAAUAAGGAUGGACGCCCAAUGACAGCUCUGGAACUCAAGCGCAAGGAGCUGACAGAGGCCAAUGAGGUCCUGCCGCCCAAUCCUCACCCCAAGGGCCACCAAUACGACGCCAUCAGCCUCGACCUGCCUGAUACCCUCACCGUCCUCGAUGAUCUCUUACCACUCUUGAAACCCGAUCGGCCCAUGUGUCUUUACAUGGUCAACAUGUCCCAGGUCCUGGAGCUCGUUCAAUGGAUGCGAAAGAACGGCGCUGGAUACUCGGUCGAAAAGGUCCUCGAGGUCGGUUGGAAAGAGUGGAGCGUCCGAUCGGCCGCUGUCAGGAGCAAAGUCAAGGGCAGAGUUCAUGUCGGUGGCUUUGGGGACGUCUCACCCCUUCAGCAGUCAUCUGGAGAUGGUACUCAAGUAGCUGCUACCACAGCUGCCGAUCAUAUCCCAGAUGAUGCUGUCGGGUGGGUUUGUCGACCCCUUCAUAUGCCCAUCGGACACACUGGUUUCCUGGUCCAGCUCCGAAGGAGUUCCGCACCUUCCUCCGAAGAAUCCAACACACCCAUUGCAUAA